AUGCUGGCUCAUCUCACCACCACCACUGUGCUCGUGGCCGCCUUGAUGGCGGCCGACGCCGCCGCGCAACCCAUCGAACGCCGGGGCUGCGCUAAGCCUCUGAAGUCGCGCGGCGCCUCAUCGAAGCGUGGCUUCUCCUGGCCGGGCCAGGAGGGCCAGCAAGGCCACUUUGCCGGCCAGCUGACGCAGGACGGCACGAUGACCUGGUUCUGGAACUGGGGACUGUGGAAGACGGAUAUCCCCCAGGCGCCCGAGUGGAACGGCGAGCACCUGAACGAGCUGGACGGCAACUGCCCCGGCAUGAUCUUCGGCUUCAACGAGCCCGACCACACGGCCGUGGGCCUCUCGGCCAACAUGGGUGUGGACGACGCCGUGUGGGCGUGGAAGGAAGCGAAGAGGAAGUGCCCGAAUUCCAAGUGGGGUUCUCCGGCGCUUUCGGGUCCGCACCACAUUGACUGGCUCAAGAGGUUCUUCGACGGCAUCUGUCCCGGCGGCCUUGACGGAUGCAGCGACGCGCCCGACUACAUCAACUUCCACACGUACCAGAGCGACAUCCAGAAGCUCAAGAACGACGUGAACACGAUGAAGCAGUUUGGGCGUCCCCUGAUUCUGUCCGAGUUUGCAUGCCACGACUUCUCGGACGCGCACCAGGAGUGCACCGACGUGAUGCAGUAUGCGCGCGAGGCGUUCGACUUCCUCGACAACGACGACAUGAUCUACCGCUACUCGUGGUUCGGCGCUAUGGCGGACGCCAACCACCUCGGUGGCGUCAGCCGCGUCAACAUGCUCAUCGAAGACGGAGGCAAUGGUCUCACGCCCCUUGGCCGGUUGUAUCUCGGCCAGAUCGAGUGA